AUGGCACUAUCCCAGACCAACCGCGGCAUCGCCGUCACCCCACCAGAGUCCCGAAUUCCCACCGCAGCACUUGUGGAGACGCAAGACAUCAACUCGAAUGGCGAUCAUGCAGACCAGUUGGACGCACCAUUGUACUCUCGGUACCUCAAGGAAGUUGCAAUCGAAAGUGUGAGAGAGGGUUCUCUCGCCUAUCCACCAGAGCUCUUCCUCGUGUCUUCUUCUGCGGCACCACAUGAUGAGCAGGUUGUGUUCGAAGACGUUCGGGCAGGCCUUUUGUUCGUGCUCACCUUCUCUGUCCAAAACACGUGCGGAGAGACACGCCGUCUGCACGUCAUCCCGCCGCGCACACCCGCUUUCAGCCUCAACUACGAGCCCGUCGGCGGACUCGCGCCGGGACUUGAUGUUCGAGCCGAGGUAGAGUUUCAACUGCCUGAUGACGAUGAGGUCGAUGAUCUCGACGUUCCAUUUUCUCCGGGAGAAAUGCGAGAGUAUGUGGACACAUUUGUCAUCAUAUCGGGAAAGGAUAAGGUUGAGGUGCCGUUGCUGGCCCGCCGGCCAACUCCAGCCGUGGUCCACAGCCGCACGAUGGAGUUUGGCACCGUGUGCGACGAAAAAAAGGCGUUCGGUUCCGUGUCGUUGAUAAAUAAGGGAAGCCGAAAGGCCAACUUUUCCAUUACGUGGGACAAAACGUUGCCCCUUAUCUUCAGCCCUUCGGAGGGAAUUUUGGACGAAGGGCGAGGCUACCGCGACGCGGAAGACGGCUCAGGCGAGGUGACCCCCGGACAGGCUCGGGAGGGUAGCGUCGCACGCCUAGAGGUGGCCUUUGAUGCUACCAAGUGGAGCAUUACGGAGCCGUUUCGGGCUCUUGCAACCGUUGUUGUGCCGGGGCAGGAAGACGGCGUGAUCGACCUCAGCGCUGUUGUUUGUACCCAAAAACUCAAGCUUUUGGACGGAGUCGGACCUUCUGCGUCGGAGCUAACUUCGGCGGAGUUUGGCACGCUCCACUACGGCUGCCAGAGCGAGAUAACGUCCGUGCUGUUUAACGACGGGCCGGAGGCCGCGCCCUUCAUGGUUACCGUGGAGCUGGAGGGCGGCCACCGAGGGAGCGGAGGGGCGGGAGAGCACGGCGGUGGCGGCGGCAAAGAGAAGCUUCCGUUCGAGGUUGAGCCGCGCGACGGGACGCUACCCCCGUACGGCCGGCAAAAGGUGGUGGUUCGCUUUAUGCCGAGCCUACCGCCGCGACUAAGCGGGUUCAAGGGGGAAGGGUGCGAGCAGGAGCCUCUCCCAUCGGUGUUCAAAGGAAAACUCCUGUACGAGAACGCCGAGAAGAAGGGGGACGCGGUGUCUCUUGCCCUCAUGGGCAGGGGUGUGCUGCCCACGGUGAAGGUGACUCAGAGGGUGGUGAGGUUCGGCGCUUGCCCUUGCUACGACAGGCGCGACGUGGUGGUGGGGAUCAACAACACCGGAGAAUUGCCUAUCAGGUUCAGUAUCUCGAAGGUGCCACAUUUUUCGUGCACGCCGUCCAAAGGGCUCCUGCAACCCAUGCAGAGUCAGAACGUGGUGUUGACGUUCUGCCCGACACAACUGGGACACUUUCGCGGCGUCCUGAAGCUUUCCCUCGGGAGCGACAUACUCGUUGUCCCCAUUAGGGUGGUCGGAGAAGCAUCCACCGUGGGCCCAAAGCAGCCCAGACCUGGAGGAAUCGACAAGCUCCCCGCGGACUUUAAGCCCAGGUUCAACUUCGUCUUGUCCGAGAGUGCUUCUGGGAUCCGUCGGGCGGCAGAGGGGAAGGGGGGGUGGCUCCGGCCGAAACCAUUCGAAACCGUUAACGUGCUGGGAACUAAUAGCUGGGACUGCUCGACGCACACGGUUGGGAGUGUGGGCGGAGUGGACAAGGCAUUCAAAAAGCUGACCUACUCGCUUCAGGAUCUGGCACGACGCGAGCAAUCGCGGCGAGACUCGGACGCGUGGAUCACAGCCCAGCGAUUGAAGCGUGCGAAGAUCGCGGAGGAGAGGGAGGUCAUCAGGAUGGCGGAGGCGCAGGGCAAGGACUGGAGGGAUCCGGAGAACGGUGUGGAGAUGGGCAUGGGCAGGUGGAUGAAGAGCGAGGAGCCGAUCCCGAAGCUUCCCCCCGCCCAAAACGAGCCGUUGUUUUUACAUGUGCCACUGGAUGGGCAGGGGAAAGGUGAUGGCGCGGCAGACGUUAAGGCGGACAUCAACAAGCUCAUCACGAGGAAAUUCAAACAGAAGCCGGCCACACAGGCGGAUAUGAGGGACUGCGCAGCCGUUCUUGGACGGGAUCAGCUGGCAAAAGUGGACCUUCAUUUCCGGACGCUAGACUUCGGGCAGGUGACGGUAGGUUCAUCCAACGUGCGCAACCUCGCGGUCACCAACAACCUGCCACAGGCUAUCCUCGCCGCUCUCGUCGGGCUCGAGGGCCAGUCGGAGUUAGCCGGGACCGGGCCGCCGGCGCAGGUGGUGCCCGCGGGCGCGACGGCGGGGUUCGAUGUACACUUCAAGUGUUACACGGAGCAGGUGUACCGGAAGGCGCUCAAGAUGUGCAUCAACAAUGGAGCGGUGCACCAGUUCAAUCUUCUCGCGCACACGGUCCCAGUUAGUGUCGAACUUGACAGAGACGAAGUGGAGAUGAAGUUCCCAGUGGAAAGCCUGGAGGCGACCCUUCGGCAUCCCCUCACCCUGACCAACGAAGGAAACGCGACGGCCUCCUUCGCGUGGACAACCCGGGGAGCGUUCAACGUAUCCCCGGAGAAGGGAACCAUCGACCCCAAGGGAGCGCAAGACGCCGAAGUGGUGUGGACCCCUCAGCCCGGCUGCAAAACUUCGGAAACCUUGGUUCUCAAGGUGGAAGGGGGGCAGGACAAAGGCCUACAGGUGUCCGGAAAGCUGCCCGAGACUCGAUGUCGCUUCGUUCCAUUGGGCACGACAGCGCGCGGCGGCAAUUCAAAUGCCGCUACGACCACCGGUACCGCCAGUGCCACAGCCGCCGGUGACAACAAGGGCAUGUCUGUUCUCGACUUCGGGCGCGCUUCUGUCGGGGUGGAGGUAGUGCGGACGGUUAUGCUGCAGAACACUGGCAAAUCUCCGGCGGUGUUUUUUGCCAGCACCGCCGAGCUCAAGCUGGUCGGGAUCGGCGUAGAGCCUACCCGCGGGCUGAUCCAACCGAAGCAAUCUUGCGCGAUGACGGUGGUGCUACGGGCGCCGAGAGAGUUGCGCCUAGACGGAGUGACCCUUUCGGCCGACAUCAGGGGGGGCAAGGCUGCUAAGAUACCUCUUGUGGGAAACGCGAGGACUCCAGAAAUUUUCCUGUCCCAAGGCGCUUUCGAUUUCGGGAGUUUGACGGCGGGGGGUUGCGAGCCGCUCGAGGUCACCCUGGUCAAUCGAGGGUCCAUUCCGGCCUCCCUGCAGCUAGACCUGUCCCAGCAUGAGGAAUUCCACUUGGAGAGGAAGAAGGAAGUGUUGCCCAAUCAGGUGGCGGGAGGGGCUCGUGGGGGUGCCACCGCCCCCGCCAGCGAAGUUGGUGAGGGUGCAGACGACCUUCAGCAGGGCGGGGGUCAUGGCAGCAACGAAAGGGAAGUGUCGGGAAUCGAAGACAUCGACACUUUCGACGGAGAUUCGCACAGCACAGGCCAGUCACCAGCCGCUGGCAUGCGUGGAGGCUUGAACGCCCUCCCUCGGCAGUGGAAGCUACUGGUGGCCGCCGGCGACACCUUGAGCUUCAACCUGGUGUUUCGUCCCCUACGGUUUGGGGACCACGCCUUUUCGUUUCCUUUGUCGCUGGAAGGCGUUUCAUCCGACGGGGCUAAACAUCUCCGCGUCCCCGUCUCCGCCGUGGGACUGAGGCCGACCCUCACUUUCGUCAGCACCGAGGUGGACUUCGGGCGCAAGGUCGUCAGCCGGGACCCGUGCGCCCUCAAGCAGUACCAGGGGGAGUUCAUCUUCAGGAACGCCUCGGACAAGGGUCUGUGCUGGGUCAUGGACGACGCCUACCUCAAAGAGCCAGGACCCAGGGCCGAAGGCGUCGCCGAGAACGACAACAACACCGGGGUUUCCACACCCCCGUCCCCUUCUGCCGACGCCGCGGCGGCUGCCAGUUCCGGCCCCGUGACACCGGUGCUGUACGUGAGCCCCACCAGCGGGCAGCUCAGCCCCGGGGAGGAGUCCCGCGUACGGUUGACCUUCACUCCGAACAGGGCCGGGGUGCUGACCUUCACCCUGCCGGUCUGGCUGGCUAGGGUACCGGAGAGGGGGACGCGGCCGUACCUCACGCUGUGUGUCAAGGCUUUCGGUGUGUUCCCGUGCUUGACGUUUACGCACUCCCCGGUGGAACUCCCGGUCGUGCCGCUGUCGGUGACGUCCCGGGCGGUGUUUAUGGUCGAGAACAAUGGGUUCAGCGACAUGGAGGUGUCUUACCGGCUGCCGCAGCACUGCCCGGUGGAUAUCGCGGUGUCGUUUCCCGAGGGGCGUCAGCUCGGUGCGGGAGUAGAGCAGAUCCCCGUGGAGCUGAGCUUUCGCUCAACGAAACCCGUGAGCUUCAGCUGCAUGUUGGACGUCUUUGAUGCCGACGGCGGGCACUACCCCUUGCCAAUCAGGGGCUGCGCGGAUAACUGCCUGCUGACGAACUUUCCCUUCGUCGACGCGUACCGGCAUCGUUUUAACUUCUGGGCCAAGGACGGCAAAGCGGUGAUGUUCAUGACCGAGACCCAGAUCAAGGCCCAGGAAGCCAAAGACUUCAAGGAGCGCCAGGCCAAGAGGGCCAGAGCGAAAGCAAAGCAGAACGCGUCGUCGGCCAAUCCGCAGCAACAAGGCAGCAACCUAUCCGCCCUUGGGCAAUCCACUGGCUCCCUUCCCGUAACAGCUGGCAAUAAGGUCGACCAACGCCCUGAUGGCAACGGCGGCAACGUCGGAGCGGGAGGCGCAACAGGUGCUGGCGGCGCAGGAGGAGGCGAUGACGGGGUUGACGCGGGAAUUGACCUGUCGGAAGAGGGCUACAGGGCGGGGGCUGACGAGGCCGGGGCGCGGGUGCUGUGCGCCUGGCUCAACGCCAACGUAGCCACAACCUUUAUCGAGGAGUUCCCGAGAAGCAUUUGCGAAGCCCACGGCCGCCCCGCGCUAGAAGCCAUCGAAACCAUGAGCGGGAAACGGGUGCCAGGGCAAGUGUGGCGCAGGCUGCGCCCCGUCACUUCGGGCGGCAAGAACGGCGACGGUAGGGGCGGGGGCAGCGGAGGAGGCAUUGGAAGGGCCGACGAUCGAGUGGCGGCGUUGAUGGACCAGUACCGGCAGAUGCUGAGAUUUCUGGGAGAGAAGGGGUGCCUACUGAACUCUGUGCGCCCGGAGGAACUGCUCGAUCGCGCCGACUACGCCCGCGAGAGAGCUUCCUCCGCUGCAGCACACGCACACGGAGGCGCACCGAGAUUCCUUGCCCCCGCCAAGGCCACCACUACCGCAGAACGCAGGAGCAGCAACAACCGCAACGAUGACAGGGAGAGCGACGACGACGAGGACAGCGACGGCGACGAGUGGGUUCAGAUUUCGAGGGAGGCGUGGUCGAUGGUCAUGUACCAGUGCAUCCGCACGUUCAUGCUAGCCAGAGUUACGCCGCGCGCCCUCUCUGCCCUCCCGGGGGUGUUCAUAGUCCUGCCGACGAAAAAAUCGGCGGGUCGGAAAGGGGCAGGUGGGGGCGGCAAGGUGGAGACGGACCCGGAGCUGUCGGGGUCAAACGUGCUCAGCGUGGGGGAAGGGGUACUGCUGAAGUGGAUGUCUUACCACCUGGAGCAGGCAAACAGGACGUGCAUGCCCAAGCGCGUGUCGACCUUCUCCGCCGAUCUGGCAGACGGCUCGAUACUGUGCCAGGCGGUUGCGAGCCACGUCCCGCACUUUACCGUCAAGGGAGGGCCUCUCCACGGUUUCAUCCCAGUACAUUCCACGGGUGAACUGAGCGACCUGUCCAACCGCGAGCUGAACGCAUCCAAGCUACUGACGGCGAUGGGCAAGCUCAAGGUGGACUACGGUCUAGGAGUGGAGGACAUCUUGGACCUAUCCGACCGCGAUGGCGUGCUAUUGGCGUUGCACCUUUUCCAGUCCCUGCCCCAGCUGGUGCCGAGGACGGAGGUGGAGUUCCGAGCGAACCUCGGGAGCGUGGUUUCGAAGAGUAUCGAGCUCAAGAACCCCUCGUCCAAGUCUAUCAAGUAUGACGUGACUCUGGAGGGCUCCACGGACUUCCGUGCUAACGGAAAAGAGGUUCACCUGGAGCCAGGCAAGGAGGCCGAGUUCACUGUGGAGCUGCUACCUAGGUUCAGCUCCCCCGUGGAGGCCAGGCUGACGUUCUGGGCGGCGCGAAACAAGGGGGGCAUGGCGCCCGCUUCCAACAUGGUGUUCGCACUCAAGUCUAAGGUGGAGAGCGUGAAAGCCAUCAGCGUGUCAAACGUGGAGGGUACCUGCUACGAACCUCAGACGGUAACCCUGCAGGUUUCAAAUCCGUUCGAGGCAUCGGCCAGAAACGCCUCCGACGGCCGUUUCACGGUCUCCCUGAAGCAGUCCAUGAUUUCCGAGCACCCCACCGUGGCGGGCCUUACCCUGCCGGGCCUGGGCCGCAGGGCUUCCGCCGCCGCCGUCGCCGCCGCCCGUCGCCGUUCUUCGUCGGUGCUGCUGUCCUCGGUCCCGUCAAAGAGCGUCACUUCGGCUGGCGGUGGUGGUGGUAGUGGUGUGUCGGCACCGCCGAAGACGUCGAGAGAAGGCGGUGCCGGUGCCAGGAAGGGGAAAGAUGGCGGCGGCGGUGCCAGUACUCCAGCGGGGGCAUUGGAAGACAAGAGGGUAAGAGAUGAAGUGGAGGCCGCGCUCAAGUUCCCGUUCUACACGGAUCAGGAGUCGGUCAGUAUCUCGGCGGGAGCCACGGCCAGCGUGUCUCUGAUGCUGCUCCCCUUCUCGCCCGGAGAGUAUAAGUGCACGAUAAUGUUCUGGAACGAACGGCUUGGGGAAUUCGCCCAAGAAGUGAGGGCGUCCGUGAAGUUGCCUUUACCGGCGGCCGACCUUCCGCUGCGCGUUACUGCGAAGGACAGCAGCGGCGGCGGAGAGGCUGUCCAGCGGGAGCUCCUCCUGCCAAGCAAGAACCCAGCUCUACAAAACGCCCUGCUGGGAGUCCUGCUCGAAAGGUUCCAAAGCGACCGAAAGACUCGCGCCCGCCAGGCCAUGAUUUCCAUUUGCUCCGACCAGGACCAAUCUAGCAAAGCUGCCGCUGCCGCAGCGACCGACGAGACUGCUAAGCACAUCUACGCCAUAGAGGUGGACUCUCCCUUUUACCAGCUCUCGAAGGAAUCCGUCGCGCUGGUGGCCGAGGCGUUGGGCGGCGGCGGCGGCAGCGGUGGUAGCGGCGGCGGCGGUGUUGGUGGCGGAAACAACGGGGGCAUGACCGCUCGAAACACUGCCCGGAGUGGCAUGAGCGGCCUUGCUAACGGAAACGGCUCCGGAGGUGCCGGCAACAACAAGCGCCGAGACAUACCAAAGAAACCCGAGCUUCUGUCGCCGGGAGGGGGGCGCAGCAGCGCCACCGGUGGCGAUCUUUUUAACGAGGCGGCGGCAGCGGCGACGGGCGGGGGACCGCCACCGCCGCUCCCCGAAACAAACGCGGCGCUGGUGAACUUUUUCCCGCGGGCCGCGGGGACGUACCCGUGCCGGGUGCUGGUGAAGAGGAGGACCAGGCACCUCGUGGACAUUCGGUGCAUCGACGUCACGGCGGUGGUGGACGCCCCAAGAAACGCCACGGCGCUGGUGUUCCGCGCGCCGGCCGGGCAAAAGAUAACCCAGGAGAUUCCGAUCCACAACAAUGGGGACGUGGCCUGGACGCUCAACGCCGGUCCUCGGCAGCCUCCCUUUGGCGGGCCGAAUCAGCUCACCGUGCCCGCGCGCGGGAAGGCUUCUUACCCUCUGACAUUCAGCCCUGUGCGGGCAACAGACCAAGACUUUGUGUCCAAGCUGGUGCUGGCAGAUCUCAAGGACAAAGGCAAGCCUGUCAAGUUCGACUUUGAUCUCAGGGGUACCGCGGAGGAGCCCCUGGCGGAGGGCCACCGAGUGGUGAGGUGCUCCGCGAGGGAGAGAGUGGAGCAGGUUUUCCAGCUGAAAAAUGUCACAGGAAAAGACAUGGAGUUUGCGGUCGACAGCGACCUCCCCGGUGUUAGCGGCAGCCCAGGACUGACAGUGCCGGCCAAGCAGGAGGAGGAGUACUCGCUGUCCAUUUGCCCCCCCUUCGGAGGCGUUUUCACGGGAUCGCUCACGUUCACGGCGCCCGGCGGGAUCGUUGUUUGGUACACGGUUGAGGUCCAAGCGUCUAAUCCCAUGGAAGAGGACAAAGUGGCCAUCAGCACCGUACUAAGGCAGGCGGUUAGCGUCGAGAUUUCCUUGUCCAACCCCCUGAAUGAGGAGCUGCAGUUCAUGGUUUCCCUUCAGGGUGAGGGCCUCCUGGGAGAUGCCACCUUCACCCUCGACCCCCUCGCAAGCGCCACCUACACGCUCUACUACUCCCCCUUGCGGGUCCAAUCUCACUCCGGAAGCGUUACCUUUUCCGCGGAGGCAGUUGGGCAGUUCUGGUAUCGCCUGGAGCUGCGCGCGGACCCUUGCCCCCCAGUCAGGUUGGACGAGAUUUCGUGCCCGGUGGGUGCUAGCCGCGGCGUUUUCGUGAGCAUCGACAACCCCGUCGGCAGAGACAUCGUGCUGGCCGCCAAGGUGGUGUACACCCCUUCGUCUCUCGGAACAUUUGAGACCGGCGAUGUUAUUCUGGCCCACGCGGACCUGGGAGACUGGGUGUUCCAAGCUACGGGCGUCGGCGAGAUGCCCGGGGUCAUGGAGGAACACCGCACGGUUGCUACGGUCGGGACCACCACGAGCACAAUGUUCCCAUUCAGAAAUCCAUUCCCGGAGCCAAUACUGCUGACGGUGGUGCUCAAGCUAUCCGGAGAGCAGCUACCUGGCCAGAUUGCUGAGGAAGGGGAGGAUUCUGGCGGCGUUGGGACCAGCGGGGCAACAGACGACGACGACAGCAGCAGAGGCGCAGGAAAGGAGAGCGACCGCAGCGGUAGCAGCGAUGGUGGUCGCCGGGGGGUUAAGGGGGGGUCGCGGGCAGGGGGCCGAGUCCCGUUCGUGCUGUUGCUCAAGAGGGCGAUGGAUCUCGUGCUUCAGCCCUUCCAGGCGCUACAGAUUCCUCUGAGCUUCUCGCCGGAGGUGAUCGUAGAGGAGAGGGCGUGCGUGGAAAUACGAGGCCAGCUCGGGGGGCGAUCGCUGACAUGGGUUUUCCCGGUCGUGGGGGGCGGCGAAGCCCCGGGUGGGUUGAAGGUGUUCUCCAUCUCCUGCCCGGCAAAAUCGAGCACGCGAGAAGACUUUGAGGUCGAGCUUGUGGGGCUGGCCGGAGUACAGGAGGACGAGGAGUUCCAGUUCGAGGUGGCGUUACCGGAGGAUGCCACGUUGAAAAGGAUGUUGGAUAGGGCCCUGAGCGUAGUACCCGUCACGACAAAGCUUUCGGACCCUCGGCAACCUCUCAAGUUUCAGGUGUCUCUCGAGCCCCUGAAACCUUUCCGCACAAUUGUGGAGGUCAUCGUCAAGCGCAAGACAGGCGGCGGCCGGUGGCGCUACGAGGUGAAGGUGGAAGCCACCGACGCUCCUCCAGACGACACCAUCUCUCUCAGGGCCUCAGUCGGCGGGGUCUCGUCUGCUGUGUUUAGGCUCUGCAACCGCUACCUGGGAUACGCCCCCUUCCAGGCGUUCUUCACGGCAGACAGCGCUCUUAGCCUGUCCGUUGAGCCCACCGAUGGCGUCCUCACGCCGUUCGGCACGGACGGAACCCCCGUGACCGUAACAUACGCCCCCACACAGUAUGCGCCCAACCAGAAGGGCCGCCUCAUUGUCGAGACGGAGGAUAUAAGGUGGGCAAAGGACACGGUGGCGAGACGUGACUAG